AAGAGGCGUGGUCUGCGUAGCAGCUCCGAGCCCGGACCUGGGAGGAAGCGACCUCCGCGCGUUUCAUAUGGCCGGGGCCGGUUUCGCUGCUGAGCUGCGGCUGCGGCUUGCGGCGCUCAAAGGAAGGCUGCAGCGCUCGAGCCAAAGCGAAGAAGCCUUCGAGGAUCCCUUCUUAAUGCAAGCUUCUGCUACACUGGAAAACUUGACGGACCUUUGUAACCAACCUGGAGAAAAUGGCACACUUUCUAAACUCUUGCAACUUUAUACGCAGGCCAUCCUAGAUAUCACAUAUUUUGAGGAGAACCAGCUUGUCGAUGAGGACUUUCCAGAGGAGUCCUCUUUGCAGAAAGUUGAGGAUCUAAUCAACGCACUUUCAGAGCCAGAGAUCUUGAUCGAUGAAAGUGGCACAUCUCAAGAACCACUCGCAGUGCUUGGUGUAGAAUUGCUGGAAUGCCUUUACUGGAGGAGAGGAGCCUUACUCUACAUGUUUUGCCACACGGUGAAAGGAAGGAAGGAGAGGUUGAUGAAUAAGACCGAUUUGUUUAAAAAGUUUCUUACCAAAGGAAUACAGUACUUGGUGAAGAUGCUUGAGUUCAGAUGUUCCGAUCACCCCAUUGAGGACUUUGUGUUUCAAGACACAGACACGGCUAGAUUAAUACAUGAAGGCAUAUUUAGCGACACCCACCUGCUGGCUAUGAUGUACUGCGGGGAAAUGUGCUACUGGGGACUGAAGUACUGCAGAGAAGUCAAGGAACGAAGUCGAAGCGUAGAGGCAGGAUCGAGCAGGGAGCAACCCGGAAGCUCACAGAGCGAAGUUCUGGACUAUCGAGAGAUGGGAGAGAAAGUGCUCUUGAAAUACAUAACUGUGUGCGAAGGACCGUUGAGGCUGCAUGACUGGGAUACCAAAAAUGCAAAGCUCAUACUGGACUAUUUCAAGCAGUUUUCUGCCUAAUUGACUUGAAGGCCACUGAAAAAUGGGGGGGGGAGAGGCCAUUAUUUUUCCUUUUAGAGGCUACAUUCCCUUGCAAAUAAUCAAUUGGGGACCACAUGACACGGGUGGUUAGAGCACUGCUUUUUCCCCCCUCUCCCCACAAAUUACUUUUCCCCCUUCCCCCAAAUCUUCACUUAACCACGGUUGGCCUUGGAAGUUCUGAAGCGAUAGGAAUGUUUGUUGGGUUAGGUGCCAAGGAUGCUCACGCCACCACCUUCGCUUCCCCUAUUCCCAGUAUCUUGUCUGACUCAUUCUCCUUGCAGCAGCUUCCGCUUUUGCUGGAGAGAAUUGAGAGUCAAGAAAACCACCAGGGAUCUUGGAGGCCUGACCGCAAAGAAUGGCAACUAGAGCUUCCCAACUCUCCUUCUCCCAGCAGCCAUCGCUUUUGCUGAGUGGAAUGAGGGAGGGACUGGGAAGCAGGUAGCUGGCUUGCAGCAGAGGAGAUGGGGGGAGUUGCAGAGGAGGGGGUUGGGACCUAGGUGGAGGCACCCAAGGCCAGGUAGAAAGGUGCUAUGGGCUGGGGUUGGCAGAGACGCUGGCAGCUCCUUGUCCCUGAUUUAAGCGGAUGGUGUGCUUUCCCAGAACAAAACUGGGGCAACCUUGUAUAGCUCCUUGCAAAUCUGAAGGUAUAAUUUGUGCCUAUAAACAAAUACACAACAUUUCAGAGUAUAUCUUGACUUAAUUUCUGUAGUUUACGAAACUGCCAUACAAGUUACUUUACAGUAAUCCUUCUGAAGCUACUCCAGUUGCCAACAGAGUAUAGGUCUCCAGGUAGAGUUUCAGGUAAACCUAAGUUGUUGGCAUCCAUCUAGAGACAAUGGAGUGCGCCGGGGCGGGGAGUGAAGUCAUACUGCUGUGUUAGCAGCACCAAAGAAAAAUGUUCUGGUUAAAAUCCACAUAAUUUAGUUUUGCUUGGUACAUAAAACGUGUGAAAUUGCGUAGAAAUAACUAAAAAUGAUUACCAAGUAGCUGCAGUUACAUUAUAUAUUAUUAUUAUUGCUAUUAUUAUUAUUUUACCCAUACCUAAGACUUUGGAGGAAACCUAGUUUGGCAUCAGUCCCAUGCACAGAGAUAAGCAGCACACAAGGAUGCGUAAUAAAAAUUAGAUGUCAUUUCCAUGUUUGCAGGAGUUCUAGGGUUGCUACCAUGUCUGGAGCUACUUUGAUGUUGCUGAAUUUCUGCUCCCCAGCAGAGAAGAAAAGUGAAAACUGCAGCAAUGUCUCAGUAAAGUGCUCUGUUUCUGGGUUGUCUGCCUUUUCUAGAAUAUUUCAUUCUCCCAGCCACUCAGCAUCAUGUGGCCACUGAACGCGCUCAGUCCUUGCUGGGCUGCUCUGGCAAUGUUUUGUUCUUUGACAACCCUUUUUGCAUUUUGCUGCCUGUUCAUACUUUCCCUCUUCUACGUGGAUUAGGUGGAAGAGAACCGAAUAAGCUUCCCACCUUGGAACUGUUGCAUGCCGCAGGGGAGGGCUAACAAAUAUAUGCUUGUAUCCUACAUAAGGUUUAUAAAGGGCCUAAUUGGCACGACUUUGGUAUGACAGCAGGGCGGACAGCUCCUUGAAAAUCACUGUUCUCUCCGUGCAACAUUUAAGGCUUUUUAAAAACAGUUGGUGUGCAAUGGAAGCUUCUUUUUAUUUAUUUUUUAAGUUUGUAUAAAUAAAAAUGUAUCAUUGCAAAAGAAAAUCCAACACAAUAACAUUUCAAUAAAUGAAAAACAACAUAAGGUUGUACAUUGUCAUUGUACUUACCGUAUUAUUCCAGUAUAUCAGGAAUACUCCUUUCUCCAUAAAUUUAGUGGGUCAGUUUGCAUUCUCCUAUAGUAGGUUGAUAUAGCCAUUGUUACAACAGACAAGACCUUUUUGAGUGAUUCAAAAAUAAUAGGAGGUAAGCUCCAGUUUUUU